AUGGCGACGAAUAAUCUUCUUCAACUUACAGCCCUCGCUGUGCAAGGAGGGCGACAAGUUGUUGCUCCAUUUGUGAAAAAUUCUUUGUUUCACGGAGUGCCGAACUCACACGGACACCAUACGCUUGGAUUUUAUUACAACGUUACUGCUAUGAAUGAAUCGCUUCGUUUACACGGUCAUGGUACUUUAAUAAACUGGGAGGGGUUUCAAGACGUCUGCAAGGGAAAACUGGAUGUUUUAGUAUAUUUUCAUUAUACAAAUCUAACGAACUCCACGACAAACAACCUUUCUACGUCGUACAAUCCUUGCAAGCUUGACCACAAAAACGUUUUUCUUGGCAUCAAGAUCGGUAGAAAGAUUUGUGUCAAUGCUAAUGCCUUCAGUUCAGUUCAAAGAUUUGAAGACGAAAUGGUUAAGAGGCUCCCGUGUGUUGGUAUUUUUGAAUGGCGAGGAGCAAGUAAAACGAACCCCAGAAGAACACAUUUUGAUAUUGAGUCAAAAGUAGAAAAGCUCCUGUCUUAUCCCGACAUGAACGCUUUCUUCAGUGCAAAACUUGUUCGCGUAGCUCGAGAUUUCAUUACGCAAAAUCUCAGUUCAAACUUUAUUUCCGUACACAUUCGCACGGAAAAGAUUUUAUGUGCUGGGAGAAAUAUUUCCACCAUCAGAAGGUGUUUAGUAAAGUUGAGGAAGAGACUUCAGAGUAUUAUUCAAGUAGCUACUGUUCCUCCUACAAUAUUUUUGGCUGCUGAUUUCAGAACGUUUGGCUCCUCCUCAAAAACUAUGAAACCAGUUCAAAAACAUGCCAAAUCCUUCAUGAAAAUACUCCUUCCGCUAAAGUCCAUUACUUUUCAACCAUCAGAAUACAAGAUUGUUGAUCGAGGAGCCGUAGCCAUUGUGGAAAUGAAUAUUCUAGCAUCAGGGAGGCGCUUAUUUCUUCUUGGAGGUGGAUCAUUUCAAACUUGGAUGACGACGCAAUUUCGUGCCAAGAAUAAAAAUGAACAAAGUAAAGUAGAACGCAUCGUUUGUUAACCGUUUGAAAACAUUUUUCUUAUUUUAAAAAAUAAAUGCAGCCAGCAAAGCCGGGGUAAACAGUUGGAAUUUUAUAUUGAUAUUGGACACUUGUAAUAGUGGAUCGUGAUCCCACAAAAGAUACCAAAGAGUCUCAGCUUGAUGGAACGCGCGAGUGAUCUUCCGACACUAGUGACAGUCUCAUGAACCGGCAAAAAUUACCUUGCUGACAUUUAAAGUAUAUCAUAGCAAUUUUGAUUAGAUUACCAAGCACUAGACUGUUCACCCUAUUUUUUUGUGAGAUCGUCAAGAUAUAGCGCGUCUUACCGUUAAUGGCGGCCAUCUUGAUUUUCAAAUGUACCGAGGGGGCGGGCGUCGGGGAUUAUAGCUGUAGGGGGAGCGGGUGAGAAAAAUAGAGCACAAUAAUGAGCAGUAUAAAGUAGAACGCCUUAUAGUUUGAUAGCCGCGGGACUGCAUAAAGAGGAGUUGAAAUAUUAAUUGAAAAUUAAUAAUUUUGCUGUGUUUCAGAAAGCGUAGUAUUUAAAGCUUAAAUAAAAAGUUUACUUAUCACCAUAAUGCGCUCUUUUGAUGGCUUUUUGAUGUUGUUGGACUUUACCUUGGACAAAAGACUGCCCCUUUUUCUUCGAUGUCCUCAGCUACGACAGAAUUGGUGUCUGCUACUGAACCAAUGAUAAUCGUUACCUUGAAAUUGAACUCUUGGAAUAGGAAUCUUCACUAAAUUCUAUUCACUUGAUGAAACAAGGCUUGGUUGUCUUUUGAUCUAGAAUAGGCAGAAUGCCUGCCAAUGGUCGAAUCAUUUUCGGAUCAGGGCCCGUUGCUUAAUCGGACGAGUGCUAAGCCUUUUGUGUCAAAGGCGGUUUCAGUAUCUCUGACUCCGGUGCCCUGCCUGGGUGCUGGAAAGUGGUUGGUACAUUUUUGUAUGGGCUCGAUUCACGAUCGACCGCUCGCUGAGUAGUACCGACUGUCCAUGUUGAAGGUAGUAGUAUUGGUGUCCUCGUGUCUUAGUGCAGUUCCUGUGGAAUUGCUGGUAAUCGUAGUCUAACUGACGCAGAAAAUUUUGGACCGAUUUUCGUCAUGCUUGAUAGUCCUUUGGAUAACGGUGUUAUUCUCAGAGGUUAUAUUAUCUAGGAAUUGAUGGUGUUUUUGGCACGAAUGUCUCCUCCUUUACUACUAUUAUUACUGUUAUUACUAUUAUUACUUUAUUACUAUUGAGCUAAUGGUUCCGAGCAAAGUAAAAAUACAACUUAUUGAAAAUUAUAUGUCGUCUUUAAAUGAGUUCAAGAGCUUUGCAGCUUCGUACUUGAUGGACUUGAGUCCAUAAGAGGUUGUCCUAGGUUCAGGUAAGCUUAUUAGUACAUUAUUCCCUCUAAAAAAAUAUGUGGAGCUGCAAAGAGAGAACAGUUUCUUAAGAUAUCCCUUCCUUGUCUUUGAUCUGCCCUCCCUUCUCUUCCAGUAUUGUCGUUUGCUUCGUUAGAUUUCUUUGAGUGAAGAAACGGACGAUAAGUUUUCAAAAAUCAUUUGAGCUUGCUGUUUUCGAUUUACUGAGAAAAUAUGCCUUGGCUGCCUUUCGUCUCAGCGAAGUACAGUUUAGUAUCAUGAUUGUCUGGGUAAGAGAGUAGUCCUAUAUAACACUUUCGUUGACAUUUGACCGACUUUUUGACAGCCGGUGUGGACGUCAUUGUGAGAGUCAAAUUGAGUUGCAUAUCAUAAGUUGCUAUUGUCCUGAUUGGUCAACUAUGUCUGAAGUUUAUAUUUGUUCCCGAUAUUGGUCGCUUCUAUUUUUUGCUAUGAAGAUUCUAAAUGUGAGUGGCGCGUUUCGAUCUGUCGUUUCCCAUCGAUCAUUUUACUGUUACUCAACUUGUGGGGUUUUUCUGUGUCCAUUCACUCUGUCGUUUUCUGUUUUGCUUGAGUUCGUCACUAAGUCGCUUGUUAAGUGAGUCGGUGGUACUGUAGUGAGUUUGUAGCAUACGUAGUGCAUUGAACAAAGUGUAUAUAAGAAUAUGCAAAAUGAUUUAAUCAUUCUAUAAAUGUCGAUUCAUUAAAAUAAACGUCUUUUCACCGAUUAACCGAUACCCAGCAAAUUAUUUAAAUCUUAACUGAAUCGUAACCUCACAAAAAGGUGCCAAAGUACAACAGUUUUAAGCCCGUGCGUGGUCCGUUUUCGACUUUAACGAUUUUUAAGUAGGUAGCUUAAGAGGAGACCAAUCUCAUGAACAAAUAUUACCUUGUUAACAUGCAAAGUUAAGUAUGUCCGGCUUGGAAUAAUUUUUCGAUAACAGAUGUUGCAGACUGUUAUACGUUCCUUUAAAAACUGCAAUCUUAGCUUGACCGUUUCCAAAACAUGUCGUUUUAUAAGCAACCACUGAAUGAGUUUCUAUCGAGGACAAUAUUUUUUUUGUUCAUAGCAACAGUGGUGCUUUGUAUAUACCAAGGAUACGAAAUUCAGGUGAUACUCAAGCCACAAAUCGACGACAACAACAGCCCCAUCAUCGAGCGAUUACACUCCUAUGAUUCCAGUGAAGUUGAAAGUGCUGUUCACCAACAAAAGAAAAUUUUUUUCGCUUUUUUCUAUUGGGAACAAUUAACAAUGGCAACGAAUAAUCUUCUUCAUCUUUCAGCCCUCGCUGCCCAAGGAGGGCGCCAAGUUGUUGUUCCUUUUGUGAAGGAUUCUCAGUUUCGGGGUGCACCGCAAUCGCAGAGAAAACAACGGAACCAUAAGCUUGGACUUUAUUACGACGUCACUGCACUUAAUGAAUCGCUUCGUUUACACGGCUAUGGAACUUUAAUAAACUGGGAGGGGUUUCAAGACGUCUGCAAGGGAAAACUGGAUGUUUUAGUAUAUUUUCAUUAUACAAAUCUAACGAACUCCUCGAGCAACAACCUUCCUACCUCCAACGUUCCUUGCAAGCUUAACCAGAAACACGUUUUUCUUGGCAUCAAGAUUGGCAGGAAAAUUUGUGUUGAUGCUAAUAUUUUCGAUUCUGUUCAGAGAUUUGAAGACGAAAUAGUUGAAAAGCUUCCUUGCGUUGGUAUUAUGCAAUGGAGAGGAACAAGCAAAACUAAACCCUUUAGAACGCAUUUUAAUAUUGAGUCAUUAGUAGACAAAGUUCUGUCUUAUUUAGACAUGGGCGCUUUCUUUAGUGCAAAACUUCUUCGCAUAGCCCAAGAUUUUAUAGCGCAGCAUCUCACUUCAAAUUUUAUCUCCGUACACGUUCGCACAGAACAGAUUUUAGUGACGGGAGGAAAUAUUUCCACAGUCAAGAGAUGUUUAUUUAAGUUGAGGAAGAGACUUCAGAGUAUUAUUCAAUUAGCAACUGUUCCGAAUCCUCCAAUAUUUUUGGCGGCUGAUUUCAGAAAGUUUGGGUCUUCCUCAGCAACUGUGAAACCAGCUCGAAAACAUGCCAAAUCCUUUAUGAAAAUACUACUCCCCUUAAGGCCGAUUGUUUUUCAACCCUCAGAAUACAAGAUUGUCGAUCGAGGAGCCGCAGCCAUCGUGGAAAUGAAUAUUCUUGCAUCAGGAAGGCGCUUAUUUGUUCUCGGAGGUGGGUCAUUUCAACUUUGGAUAACGAAGCAAUUUCUUACCAAGAAUUACAAUGAACAAAGUAAAGUAGAGCGCAUCGUUUGUUAACCGCUUGAAAACAUUAUUCUUAUUUUUAAAAAUGAAUGUAAGCUAGUAUCUAAUGACCAGCAAAGAGUAAAACCGUGGAAUUUUAUAUUGGACACUUUCUCUCAAAAGGUGCCAAAGAGUCUAAGCUUGCUGGAACGCGUGAGUGAUCUUCCACCUCUAGCGACACAAUCCCGUGAACAGGCAAAUAUUACCUUAUUGACAUGUAAAGUAUCAUUGCAAUUUUGAUUUAAUCAAAAUAUAGAUGCUGCGUAAAGUAUGUUGUCGCAGUCAAUUCUUCAACGUCUGAUAACUGUACUCUUAAAUUGUGGCUGUGUCCAAAAAAUGAUGUUCUAUAGGCGAGCACUGAAGUUCCUUUCAAGAAAAAAACUUCUUUUACUUCUUACAGCAGUGGUACUUUCUAUUUACCUGGGUUAUGAGCGUCGGUAUAGUAGUAGACCUUUAGUUAAGGAUAACAACGGUUUUGUAGAUAUUUACAGGGGAUUGCGAUCACCAGAUAGCAUCACUGAGCGAUUACAGUCCACCCAUGCCACAAGUCAUGCCGGUGAGGCUGAAAGUUCCGUUUACCGACGUCAAAAAAUUUUUCUCGCUUUCUACUACUGGGAACAAUUAACAAUGGCAACAAAUAACUUUCUUAAUCUUACAGCCCUCGCUGCCCAAGGAGGUCGCCAAGUUGUUGUUCCAUUUGUGAAAGAUUCUCAUUUUCGCGGUGUACCAACCUACACACACAAUACGCUUGCACUUUACUACAACGUUUCUGCACUUAAUGAAACGCUUCAUUUACACGGUUAUGGAACUUUAAUAACCUGGGAAGGUUUUCAAGAUGUUUGUAAAGGAAAAGUGGACGUUUUGGUGUGUUUUUAUUACACAAAGCUAACAAGCUCCACGACCAACCUCUCCACGUCGUGCGUUCCCUGCAAGCUUAACAACAAGAACGUUUUACUUGGCAUCAAGAUCGGCAGAAGAAUUUGUGUCAACUCUAAUUCCCUCGAUUCAGUUCAGAUAUUUGAAAGCGAAGUAGUUAAAAAUCUACCGUGUGUUGGUAUCAGGGAAUGGAGAGGGAUAACAACAACAAUAACAGCCAAAAGAACACAUUUUGAUAUUGAGUCAAAAUUAGACAAAGUAUUGACUUCUCAAGACAUGAGCGCUUUCUUCAGUGCAAAACUUCUUCGCGUAGCUCGAGAUUUCAUUGCGCAAAAACUCACUUCAAACUUUAUCUCCGUACAUAUUCGCACAGAAAAGAUUUUAUCUGCUGGAGGAAAUAUUUCCGUUGUCAAAAGGUGUUUAUUUAAUUUGAGGAAGAGACUUCAGAAUACUAUUCAGGUAGCAAUUGUUCCCCCUCCCAUAUUUUUGGCUACUGAUUUCACAACCUUUGGGUCUUCCUCAAAAAAAGCAAUACGAGCUCGGAAAUAUGCCAAAUCCUUCAUUGAAAUACUACUUCCUCUAAGGCCCAUUGUUUUUCGACCAUCAGAAUACAAGAUUGUUGAUGGAGGAACCGUAGCCAUUGUGGAAAUGAAUAUUCUAGCAUCAGGGGGGCGCUUAUUUGUUCUUGGGGGUGGGUCAUUUCAACUUUGGAUAACAAAUCAGUUUCUUACCAAGAACAAAAACGACCAGAGUAAAGUAGAACGCCUUGUUUGUUAA